ACUGAGACAUCUAUUCUUUGAGCUGAAAAUGAUGUGCAGUAGCAAGAGUUUGCUCCUGGCUGCUUUGAUAUCACUGCUGCUACUCCACCUCUGCAGCAAGUCAGAAGCAGCAAGCAACUUUGACUGCUGCCUCCAAUAUACAGAAAAAAUCCUUCAUCCCAAAUUUAUCGUGGGGUUCACACAGCAGCUGGCCAAUGAAGCUUGUGACAUCAAUGCAGUCAUCUUAUACACAAAGAGAAGAUUGGCUGUGUGUGCAGAUCCAAAGAAGAGUUGGGUGAAACAUGUAGUGCAUAUCCUCAGUCAAAGGGUCAAGAAGAUGUAAAAAUAGAUACUCCCUGGAAUGGAACUGGACACAGCCCAAGGACAAAAGGAACCUAGCUGAGUUGG